UUUUUUGCCCAGUGGGCAGGGGCAACUCAUACUCCGACCACGUCAAGCCGAGCGCUGUUUACACACUGCUUCCUCAAAACCUUGGGUCAUUCUUCAUCACCAAAACAAAGAAGUCAGUCUGACAGAACCUGCUUUUAGUCGAAGGCUCACUAAAGUAUCAAGUUCAUAUCGAACUAUUGGCAAAAGCGACGGAAAAAACUUUGGCUGAAGAUGUCAUCCAAUUCCAAUUUGACGAACAUGCGUCGACUUGUUGAACAACUGAGGCUCGAGGCCAGCGUAGAAAGAAUUAAAGUGUCCCAAGCUGCUGCAGAACUGCAGCAGUACUGCCUUCAGAAUGCCACCAAAGAUGCCCUCUUGGUUGGAGUGCCAACAGGCAGCAACCCUUUCAGAGAACCACGUUCCUGUUCCCUCCUGUAGACACACUCGGAAAUAUCUCAAGUAUUCCAACAUAAAUUGACCAGUGACGACUAUAUGGACCACAGACGGGAAAAUGUUUUCAUUACAAAGGAUGGAAAAAAAAAACAUAUAUUUAUUUAAAAAUUUAUUUUGAUACAUUUUUUAAAUCCAUGAUUGUGAAAAAGUCAUGUUGUUAAGAUUAAUUGGUCAGCUCUCAUGUGUGCAGAUUCUAUGUUUUUGGUUCCAGACUGAGCAAUGUUCUAUGUUUUUUGGUUCCAGACGGAAUGCUGGCUCAUUGGAAUAAAUAUCAUUAAUAUGCAAAUUAAUGCAUCAGUGA